AUGAUCAUCUCCGUCCUUGCCGCGACUGCUGAUGCCUACGCGAACCCUCUCUCCUGUAGUGGGACCUGUACGAACGCACACGAUCCAUCUCUCGUCCGCCGCGAUGACGGCACGUACUUCCGCUUCAGUACAGGCGGCAAAGUCGCAGUGCACACCGCACCCUCCAUCCAAGGUCCGUGGACCUACAAAGGCGCCGCUCUACCCAACGGCUCGAAAAUCAACAAAGCCGGCAACCAAGAUCUCUGGGCCCCAGAUGUCUCCAAGGUCGGUGCAACAUACUACCUCUACUACAGUGUGUCCUCCUUCGGGUCGCAAGACAGCGCCGUUGGCGUCGCAACAAGCUCCACCAUGGACGUUGGCUCGUGGACCGACUUGGGUUCUACUGGCGUCGAAAGCGUCACUGGCAGCAAGUUCAAUGCUAUUGAUGGUAAUCUGGAGUCUGCAGGCGGCAAGCUAUACAUGAACUUUGGCAGCUUCUGGAGCGAUUUAUUCCAGAUUGAGAUGACCGCCACACCCACAAAAGUAGCCAAGGCGGUGACAAGCGCAACACAGAUUGCAUUUGUGCCGACGAGUCCGCAGGCGCAGGAGGGGGUGUUUGGGUACAAGUAUGGGGAUUACUACUACUUGUUCUUCAGCGUGGGGAGCUGUUGUGGAUAUGACACAAGCCGGCCUACUGCUGGGAAAGAGUACAAGAUUCAGGCUUGUCGGUCGAGCUCUGUUUCCGGGCCUUUUGUUGAUAAGAGCGGCAAGUCUUGCCUCUCGGGUGGCGGAACUACCGUUCUUGAUUCUCACGACUGGGUCUAUGGACCGGGUGGUCAGGGUAUCAUGAACGAUCCGUCGCUAGGACCCGUCCUCUACUACCACUACGUCGACACACGUAUCGGCUAUGCUGACAGUCAGAAACAGUUUGGUAUCAACAAGCUCGACUUUUCCAGUGGGUGGCCGGUGGUCUGA